CGCGCGUUCACUGGUAAAUGCGCGAGUGAAGGAAGAGAGGAUUCGUCAUUCAACCAUUUGAGUUUAGUUAAAGAAAUAUGUGAGCUUGAAAGCGCGUGUUGAACACCUGUUGCAUAUUUUUCCGAAUAAAUAUAAUAAAAGCAUGACCCAUUUGUUGAAAAAUCUCACAAACAGCAUCUGGCAUGCGUUUCAUGCAUUGCAAGCUGAAGAUGCAUUUGUUGUUGCAAAAUCAAAAUUAAAGGUUUUAACCGCGAAUAUUGGAACAUUAAUGGACCUCUAUGGAAUUGAAAAAGGAUUGGAACAUUAUCGAAGCACGCAAACUUUAACAUUCGAGCAAUACAUCUAUUAUCUACAAAAAGAGGUUUUCUCGUCCCUCACAGAAACAACACCAAUACAAACAUGUCGUUCAUUGGAAGAAGGAAUUGACGAAAUAUGUUGGCUCGUUUGCCGAAAAAUUUAUUUAAAUCGAACACAUCCCAUUUUUCAAGAUCGUAGCGUUUAUCAAUUAUUUCGAAUAUUUUGCCUUCUAGCCGAAAUGGAAGCCGACGUCACGGAUUCUUCAUAUUUGGUAACAGCGAAUAGUGACGAAGUCGCGCGAAUCGCUUCACAAUUUGUAACUUCAUUGGGUUUAAAUUGGGAUCCUUUGGAUUUUUCAGCUUUAGCCGCGGCAAUUGGCAAUUUUCGAUUUCCUACGUUCCUGGCAGUUUUGGAAUCGAAAUAUUCCGGAUGUGGAACCGUCGAUCCCGCAGCAUUAACGGAAGCAAUCGACGACAUGUAUCAAACAUAUGUCGAGGAUGUACUCAAAAAAGGUUACUUGAUGAAAAAAGGAUUUCUACUGCCGACAUUUCGUUAUUUUUGGUUUGUCCUACGUCCUGGUGAAUUGACAUACUAUAAAGAUUCACAACAUAAAGAACCAUCGGGUAUUAUUCCAUUGGAUUUAAAUUCAUGGGCAGAUGCCGCUUGCAAUGGUGGUAAACCUGAUCGUCGAUUUAUUCUCAGUACACCGGAACAUCGUGGCAUUGAACUUGGUGCCGAGGAUCAUCGUGGACGUUUACAAUGGUUGUCGGCAAUUCAAAUUGCCAUUCAACAUUCAACGGAGAAAAUUGGUUAUCAACGAACACUUGCCUAUCAACGAAGAUCAUGUCGUCAGGCAACGAGGCAGGAAAAAGAUGAAACUCGUUUGGAACUUCAACACGAGCGACAGGCGCGAAUUGCCGCCGAAAUUCAGGCACGUAAAUUAGAGGCAAUCUCAAAAGAGGAAAAUGCAAAAGUCCAAGAAUUAGAGGACGUUAAAAAAAAACUUGAAAUUUUAUUGCAAGAGGAAAAACAAGCUCUGCGAGAUGAAGAAAUAGUGAGAGGAUUGCAAGCGCGAGUUCUUCGCGAGGAAUGGGAAAGACGCGAAGAAUUGGAAAGAUUACAAAAAGAGCAACAGGAUCUUUUGGAAUCGGAAAAAAUGAAACGCCUUGAAUUUGAACGUCAACAAGAGGAAAAUGAAAGGCAACUUCAAGACGCGGAAAUUCGUCUUCAACAAUUGCAAGCCGAGAAGGAAAAUCUUGACGCGGAAUUACGAACGGCACGUGAAAAAGUGAGACGCGCUGAGGAGGCACAAAUUUUACUUGAAGCCGAAAUAGUAACGGUACGUCCAACAAAGGGACGAGAAAGAAUAAGACGUACGCAAAGUUUCAUUCCAACGACAAAAGAAAAGCCAUUAUUAUUUGAAAAAUUUGAGGAACGCUCAUUAACACUUCGCAAACAUUGUUAAUAAUUGUGUCAUUAUUAUUAUUAUUAUUAUUAUUCAUUAAUUUUUCACGCUCGCUGGACGUGCUUUGAAUGCUCAAAAAGAAAGCGUUGUUUUAAGGACAAAUUUAUCAAAAUUAAUUCCCUGAAUGUGAAAAUUUACCACCAGGCUUUAAAAUAAUAAUUUUUCUCUCUAGUGACACAAACACGAAUUUUUCUCCCUAGCGCUAAAACAUAAUUUAAAAAUAAAAAAAGGGAUUUAAUUUUGAUAAUGUCGAAUUUAUUAUAUUUAAGAAACGAAAAAAAUUUUUUUUUCAUUGCCAAACUCUACCAAACAAAAAGAAAAAAAUAUAUUUUCUAUUACUUUUAAGAAUCUAUUUUUAGAAUUUUUUUUUUCUCUUUUUUUUUGAGAAUGUUUGAAAAAAUAAUGGAAAAAUUUUUUCCAAUCUGCAAAAAUUUAUUUUUAUAUCAAUUUUGUUGCGUCUAUAUUAAAAUUUAUUUUCAAUUAUAUUAUUAUAUAUAAUUAUUAAAAAAAAAUUAUUUGUUAAAUAAUAUAAUUUUUUUGAAUGUUUAUUUAAAUGCUCUCUCACUGUAAUUUUUCUCUCUCUACUUUUUUUUUUCUUAACUGAUGCUUAUAAUUAUAAAAAAUAAAUGGAUAAAUAAUUUAAAAAAAAGAAAAAAAUUUUAAAAAAUUUAAUUUUUAUAUUUUUUUGUUAAUAAAAAUUUCGAUCCGAUUUUGUCAAGUAAAAAAAAAAGAAGAGAAAAAGACUUUGCGAUAAAUAUAUAAAUUGUAAUGUUUGUCACUAUGACAAUAAGAAGUAAUUAGGAGACAUCGACCAAACAUUGUCGGCUUUAAAUUGAAAUUGAAACGAGCUUUUUAUAUAUAAGACAAAUUGAAAUUAACCGAAUGUGUAAUUUAUAUAAAAAAAAAGAAAUUAUA